AUGCCAAACUACAGCUCAGCUCAAUCACACUACAUCACUCCACAUCUCCAACCGAUCCAAGUAAACAAACACCAAAAUCUUGUCACCAUGAAGGCCUGUGUCAUCGCUACUCUCGUUGGUGCCGCCAUGUCGGCCCCCGCCAUGCGGACCUCCAUGGACAUGAAGCCCGCGGCGCCCAUGAUGGAAAUGUCCAACAGCCGGCCUAUGGACAUGGACAUGGGAUCCUCCACACCCGCCAUGAGGAACACCAUGAACAUGAAGGACGCCUCGUCGUCAAUGGGCAUGGCUAAGCGUGAGCGCAUGGAGAUGGGCAACAUGGCUGCGACAAUGAAGAAGACUAAGGGCAUGAAGAUGGGUUCCAUGGCCCCGGCCAUGAAGAACGGCAUGGUCACGAGGUCUACCAUGGACAUGGCCAACCGCGACUCGGCGACCAAGGGUAUGGAAAAGAACAAGGACGUGGACGCUAUUGUCGCGGCCAUGCUGAUGGAGAUGGCUCACCGCCGUCCCGUGGCGGGCAUGGUCCGCCGCCAGUCUGAGGAGGAAUUCCAGGCAGUUGUGGAGGAGUGCAAGAUGAAGCUGGCGAGCGGUGGUAAGUACUCACCAGCAAACACUCCAUUACGCUUUACUGAACCGAGUCUAGAAAUCACCUCUCUCGACAACUGUGUUCUCGACACCCUCGGUAUCAACCGCCGCCAGGUCACUGGUGACCAGGAUCAGCUGGCUCAGAUCACCAAGGAGUGCAAUGAAAAGACCCCCAACGGUAAAUCAACUCGAAUCCAAGGCGUUCACUGUUUCAAGUACUGA